AUGAAGGUCCAAACUGUCCUCGCUCUUCUUGCACCAACCGCAUCCCUCGCCAUGAGUUCCUUCCAAUGGCGCUUCACUAAGAACACCGUGAAAUCAGUCCCACAGAUAACUUUUCCCUUCCAAAUUGUCGCGGCAGCUCAUGACAAGCAAUGGUACUUCGCCAGCCAAUACGGCUUCACAAACAAGGCCAUGGGGUACUGCGGAAUACAGCCUCAAGCGGAUGGUCCGAACGGCCAAAGUCGCAUCCGUGGCGUUUUCUCGUCAUUCACGGCUGGCACGACCACCGACGACCCUAACUGCUCUGAUGGCGCCGACGGAGGCCCAGGGGUGAGCUGCGGCUUCGUCUUUGACCACGACUACACUCGUGCCUUGAACAUUGUUGUCGAGAAGGUCAGUGGCGACAAGUGGGCUGGCAAGGCUGUUGAUACGACGACGGGAAAGCAAACGCAUAUCGGCUCGUGGACCUUGCCGCGGGGAAGUGGUGAUAUUGAUUUGAAUGGGCAUAGCAACUUUGUCGAGAGAUAUCUUAACAACGAACAGCCGUGCGAAAAGAUUCCCCGUAUUGACGUCAAGUUUUUUAAUCCGAUAUCCAACGUCACCGGGGCUGGAACCUCUUCGCUCUCUGGAGUCAAGGAAUACGAUUUUUGCAAGGGAAAGAAGAACUUUAAGGCUACUCCAUUUAACGGUGGAUUGCAAAUCAGUAUGGGCUUCUAG